AUGCAAGAACCAUUAUGCAAGAACCAUUACGCAAGAACCAUUACACAAGAACCAUUACGCAAGAACCAUUACGCAAGAACCAUUACGCAAGAACCAUUACGCAAGAACCAUUACGCAAGAACCAUUAUGCAAGAACCAUUACGCAAGAACCAUUACGCAAGAACCAUUACGCAAGAACCACUACCCAAGAACCAUUACGCAAGAACCAUUAUGCAAGAACCAUUACGCAAGAACCACUACCCAAGAACCAUUACGCAAGAACCAUUAUGCAAGAACCAUUACGCAAGAACCACUACCCAAGAACCAUUACGCAAGAACCAUUACGCAAGAACCAUUACGCAAGAACCAUUACGCAAGAACCAUUACGCAAGAACCACUACCCAAGAACCAUUACGCAAGAACCAUUAUGCAAGAACCAUUACGCAAGAACCAUUACGCAAGAACCAUUACGCAAGAACCAUUAUGCAAGAACCAUUACGCAAGAACCACUACCCAAGAACCAUUACGCAAGAACCAUUACGCAAGAACCAUUAUGCAAGAACCAUUACGCAAGAACCAUUAUGCAAGAACCAUUAUGCAAGAACCAUUAUGCAAGAACCAUUACGCAAGAACCAUUACGCAAGAACCACUACCCAAGAACCAUUACGCAAGAACCACUACCCAAGAACCAUUAUGCAAGAACCAUUAUGCAAGAACCAUUACGCAAGAACCAUUAUGCAAGAACCAUUACGCAAGAACCACUACCCAAGAACCAUUAUGCAAGAACCAUUAUGCAAGAACCAUUACGCAAGAACCAUUAUGCAAGAACCAUUACGCAAGAACCACUACCCAAGAACCAUUAUGCAAGAACCAUUACGCAAGAACCAUUACGCAAGAACCAUUACGCAAGAACCACUACCCAAGAACCAUUACGCAAGAACCAUUAUGCAAGAACCAUUACGCAAGAACCAUUACGCAAGAACCAUUACGCAAGAACCAUUAUGCAAGAACCAUUACGCAAGAACCACUACCCAAGAACCAUUACGCAAGAACCAUUACGCAAGAACCAUUACGCAAGAACCAUUAUGCAAGAACCAUUACGCAAGAACCAUUAUGCAAGAACCAUUAUGCAAGAACCAUUAUGCAAGAACCAUUACGCAAGAACCAUUACGCAAGAACCACUACCCAAGAACCAUUACGCAAGAACCACUACCCAAGAACCAUUAUGCAAGAACCAUUAUGCAAGAACCAUUACGCAAGAACCAUUAUGCAAGAACCAUUACGCAAGAACCACUACCCAAGAACCAUUAUGCAAGAACCAUUACGCAAGAACCAUUACGCAAGAACCAUUACGCAAGAACCACUACCCAAGAACCAUUACGCAAGAACCAUUAUGCAAGAACCAUUACGCAAGAACCAUUACGCAAGAACCAUUACGCAAGAACCAUUAUGCAAGAACCAUUACGCAAGAACCACUACCCAAGAACCAUUACGCAAGAACCAUUACGCAAGAACCAUUAUGCAAGAACCAUUACGCAAGAACCAUUAUGCAAGAACCAUUAUGCAAGAACCAUUAUGCAAGAACCAUUACGCAAGAACCAUUACGCAAGAACCACUACCCAAGAACCAUUACGCAAGAACCACUACCCAAGAACCAUUAUGCAAGAACCAUUAUGCAAGAACCAUUACGCAAGAACCAUUAUGCAAGAACCAUUACGCAAGAACCACUACCCAAGAACCAUUAUGCAAGAACCAUUAUGCAAGAACCAUUACGCAAGAACCAUUAUGCAAGAACCAUUACGCAAGAACCACUACCCAAGAACCAUUAUGCAAGAACCAUUAUGCAAGAACCAUUACGCAAGAACCAUUACGCAAGAACCAUUAAGCAAGAACCACUACGCAAGAACCAUUAAGCAAGAACCACUACCCAAGAACCAUUACGCAAGAACCAUUAUGCAAGAACCAUUACGCAAGAACCACUACCCAAGAACCACUACCCAAGAACCAUUAUGCAAGAACCAUUAUGCAAGAACCAUUACGCAAGAACCAUUAUGCAAGAACCAUUACGCAAGAACCACUACCCAAGAACCAUUAUGCAAGAACCAUUACGCAAGAACCAUUACGCAAGAACCAUUAAGCAAGAACCACUACGCAAGAACCAUUAAGCAAGAACCACUACCCAAGAACCAUUACGCAAGAACCACUACCCAAGAACCAUUACGCAAGAACCAUUAUGCAAGAACCAUUAAGCAAGAACCACUACCCAAGAACCAUUACGCAAGAACCAUUAUGCAAGAACCAUUACGCAAGAACCACUACCCAAGAACCAUUAUGCAAGAACCAUUAUGCAAGAACCAUUACGCAAGAACCACUACCCAAGAACCAUUACGCAAGAACCAUUACGCAAGAACCACUACCCAAGAACCAUUAUGCAAGAACCAUUACGCAAGAACCAUUACGCAAGAACCAUUAAGCAAGAACCACUACGCAAGAACCAUUAAGCAAGAACCACUACCCAAGAACCAUUAUGCAAGAACCAUUACGCAAGAACCAUUAAGCAAGAACCACUACCCAAGAACCAUUACGCAAGAACCACUACCCAAGAACCAUUAUGCAAGAACCAUUAUGCAAGAACCAUUACGCAAGAACCACUACCCAAGAACCAUUACGCAAGAACCAUUAUGCAAGAACCAUUAA